AUGGAUCCUUUUACCCAGCGAAUGCUUGAAAAAGCGGAACAACGUAGUAAACUUUUGGGUAUAAGUAAGGCACGUAAACAUCCACUUGUCGAGAGUGUAGGAGAGUUUAACACUGCCAAGUCCGUCGAUGUCGGAGAUGUAGAAAAUAGAACUAAACAAAAACAACCAUUCCUAACACAGCAGAUAACUGUUCAGCCUGUUGUAGCGGCAUCUCUGCAAGCUACAGUACAGAAAGGGACCAGCGCAAAAAGUGAAAGUGGUUUAAGUUGCAAUAAGUUGGAAGUUAUUGAAAAGACUGUUAAUAAUACAGCGAGUUUGUCAAAUAAUGAACAGAAAUUUCACCGCCAGUUUUCGGCGGUGAAUAAGGAAAAUAUGGAUUUAGGAAUUGAAAUUAAUAUAGUGACAAAUAAAAACAUGGAGGUUGAAGUCCAAGUUGAGGAGCAAAAUAUUGGCGAUAAUGAUGUUGAAGUCAGCCGUAUUAAACCAUCAUUGGAACAAACGACAGCUAAAUUACGAGAUACUUCACGAAGCCGUUUACAGCGACUUGGUGCACUUUAUGCGAACCCCAAUGACCUUUCGUCGCCAAUUCACCGAACUGAGGGAGAAUUCUAUUCUGAUUCUCCUGUUGAUGAAUGUGAUGGGAAAAGUACUAAACGUUCCAAACAACGUUUAGGAAAAUUAGUCGAACUUGCGAGUACUAUUAAUCAGUGGGAAGAUGACACUGUUCAUCAUGACCCAUAUCCAAUUAGUUCACUACCGCCACCUAAGCCAGAUUUACCAAGUAGAAAAAAUUCAAAUGUACCGGUAGCUACAUUACAAGGUAUGAAUUUGUCAAACAAUACAUAUAAAGGACACGAACACACAAUCUCAGAUCAGCAGUCAUCGAUUGAAAAAAUACCAGCGAAGACGACACAACCCACCGGUAAUACAAAACAAUUGACAUGGGAUCCUCUGUUGUUUAAUUCACUUGAAGCCCAGGGAUUUCAAAGACGUAAAUCAUCUGUUGUCAAACUUGCUUAUGACUACACAAUAGAUGAAAAAAGUACACCUAUAGAAAAACAAGGAAUUGAUAAUGUAAAAAAUACUUCACAUCAUCCUAAAGUGGCUAAGUUAGCCAGCACAUUUUCUAAAGUUUUGGAGGAUAAAUGUAAUAUGGUUGACUAUAAGGAACGUAAAUUCACAAAUGCUAAUGUUGGUUUAGUUUCUGGACGAACGGCUGCUUUUGAGAAAAAAGUAAGCGCUUGUCAAGAAGCACAAAGACCCCAAAAAGAUCCGACAGAAUUGUCACUCAAGGAACGUAUGCAAUUAUUUGAACGGAAUAAAGGGGAAGCUCUUAUGCCGAAAGCUGCUCUUGGAAUGGCUCCGUCUAUAAGUAAAAUUCAGAAUGAGCACAUUGUGCAACACAAAGGAGAUGGUGCCAAAGGUGACAACGGAAGCUUGUUUAGCAAUGGAAAUUUAAAUCUGAAAUCUUCGAAACCCAGCAACCAAAGUAAAUUGCGUGAAAAAGUAGCUGCGCUUAUUUCAAACACAUCUACCAUGGCUGAGAGCAAAAUAAAAUCUGAUAUACAAAAGCAACGUGAUGAUGAUAUGCAAGUUAUUGCAAAUCGUUUUCACAAACAAAAAUAUAUAAAUGAAAGCAAUGAGAACAUAAUGGUGGUGCUUGGAACUAAAAAAUCACUGCUUAAUUUUCAUAAUACAAAAAAUACCACUAUUGCACCGACACAUCCUCCGUCACCACCACCACCACCUCCGAUGCCCAAAGAAAUCCUUAUAUUUGCAGCUACCGAGGUUAUUGAUGAGGAAAGCAAACGCGCACGCAAAACUGCUGUAAGUCGUCUGUAUCCCGCACUUUCAAAUUUGGAAUCGAGAAACUUGUCAUCGGAAUCGAAUAGAGACAGUGGUGCCACUACAGCAACUUUGUCUGGCCACAGUACCGCAGAUGAACAUUGUCGGAUGCUAACUAAAGAACAUGAAACUGGCGAUUUAGAUAGUAUGAAUGAAGAUGGAAGCUUCACAUAA